AUGCUUAAAUGGUUUCAGCGCGGCGUCGACGACGCUCGCGAUAGCAAAGACACGAGCAGCGAGCGUCAGCACAAGCGCCAACGCAAAGGGCGCCAGGGCGCCGGCAGCGACCCCGAUUCCAGCAGCCCGGUCACCUCCUGGGGCGGCGGAGGGUUGGCUUGCACCUCAACCUCGACGGCCGACAGUGCCGCCACCAGCCCCAGCGGCAGCACCAAUAAUAACAGGCUGGCCCGGCUGGGCCCCAGUGCUGGCGCCACCGCCCCGAGGGACCAGUCCCAGUCCGGCAACAGCGCCAGCGACUUCGCUGCCUGGGGCGGACAGUCCACCAAGUCCAUGUCCGCCACCAGCCCCUCCGCCAGCGCCAGCGCCGGCGCCAGUGCCAGAGCCAGCGCCUGUGCUGCUGCUGCCACUAGCACCACCACUGCCGCCGCCGCUUACUCGUACUCUGCAUCUACUCCCGCUUCUGCCCACGCAGACUCUCCCGCAUCUCUCAUCACCUCAACUGCGUCGCUGACCCAGUCGCCGUCGCCCCAACCCGCCACGCCCCCCGAUCUCUUCUUCCCCCGAGCCUCCAAGAGCGCAAGCACGACAGCAACCGUCACCGCGACAGCAACCCACUCAUCGCGGCCCGCCUCCAUCGUCAUACCGCCGUGCGACGAGCCCUCGUCGUCAUACAUCACCACCUCCCAGGCCUCUGCCUUUGCCGAACUUGACCUCGCCGACUGCGAUCCCGACGUCAAUAUGACCACCGGCGCCCUCGACGCCAGCGGCAUGGGCCGCAGCCGGCAAGACUCCUUCGUGAGCGCCGGGCCCAAGCCCAUUUCCAUGAACAACCAGAAUCGCGACAACGUUAAUCGAAAUCGAAGAGAGUCGCUGGCCGGCAGCCUGAUGGGUGGAGGCAUGAGCUGGGGCGGCAUGUCCUUUGGCAGCUUCGUUAGAGACGACAUCAUGAUGCAAGGCACCUCGCCUUCGCCAUUCGGCAACCCCCAGUCAUCGUCUUACCACUCGUCCUCGUAUCUGCCCAGGCUCGAGGCCAACUUUAUGCGGGACUUCAUAUGCUGCGGCAAGAUCCUGCCUAAUCUGCAUGACCUCUUGCAACAUUACGAAGAGGCGCACACUCAGGCGAGCCCCAACAGCUCCCGAAAUAAUACCUUCAGUCAGUUCGGCCAGGUCGGCAUGCAGCCCGGCUCGGCCAUGGGUAGUUCCCGGACAACCCCGACGCCUGGCCAGAUCAACGCAGGGCCCGCCGGACAUGCGCCCGCUGCCGGAUCGGGCUUCCAGCUGCCCGGAGCGUCCAGCACGAUGGGCAACGGCGGUCAGAUGAAUCCCGCGUUGGCCACCAACAUGAACGACGACAUGGACGCCGUGGCCGACAUGGAGAUGGACGAUGCCAUCGGCACCAUGGAGCUCGAUGACGGCAGCCGGAUGCACCACGCCCGCAUGUUUGGCCAACAACAGCGGCCCCAGCUCGACAUGAAUACCUCGGGCCUUACCCAGGGUCUUCGUACAUCUCAGCCCCCCACGCCGGCCGCCGUCAGCUUCGGUCUUCAGAACAAUCCUACGGUCUCUUCCGUCAACACGCCAACGCUGGCGACCCAACAGCAGCUGCCCCAACAAGGCCAGCAGCCCACCGGAAUGGACGGCAUGGAUGAUGACCUACCGGGCAUGCCGAUGGGCGGUAACAGCGGCGGAGACAUUGGUGACGGCACGUUCUCCAACGGUAACAACGACUCCAACUUCUGCAUAAACGACCCCGGAAAGCAUCUCUUCAGCCCCAACGGCGCUUUCCCGCCUGGAAAUCGGACGAUUCAACAGCAGCUCGCAGCCCUCGGCUUGCAGCAGGGUCAGUUUGCCGACCCUGAGGCUAACAAGGUGCUGCUCCAGCGCCUGCAGACCAUGAUGAUGCCCGAAGAACACAAGCCUUUCAAGUGCCCUGUCAUUGGUUGUGAGAAGGCGUACAAGAACCAGAAUGGCCUCAAAUAUCACAAAGCGCACGGCCACCAAACGCAACAACUACACGAGAACGGAGACGGCACCUUCUCGAUUGUGAACCCGGAAACAAGUGCCCCAUAUCCGGGAACCCUCGGAAUGGAGAAAGAGAAGCCGUUCAACUGCGAGACUUGCGGCAAGCGGUACAAGAAUCUCAACGGCCUGAAAUACCACAAGGCUCACUCUCUGCCUUGCAACCCGGAAUUCAAGAUGCAGGCGCUCGCCGCCGGGCUGACCCUGCCCGGCCUGCCAGGAGCCAACCCCGGCGGCACUACGGAAGACCAGGCGAUGCAACAAUAG